UUCCUCUCACAUCUCGGUGGCCUGAAUUUCAUCAUGCCUAGAAAACCCAGUCACUCUCAAAGAGAUGAAACAACCCUAGCCAAUUUGCCGAGAGAGGCUCUGGAGGAGGGCAGAUGCGACUAAAAAUGCCUACAUGGGGCCCUCGGUGAGAAGGAAGGCCCAGUUCAGCCAGCCACAGCCACAGCUAUCCUCUGAGGACUAGAGAGCCCAUCUCAAGGGCUGAAGACUGCGGCUGUGCUCAUCACUGCGGGAGACUGGACUGUGAUGAGGAAAAUAGGGGCUAAAUAACUGAGCUUUCCUCCUUCGCUCAUCUCAGGCAAGAUUCAACAUAAAUUCCAACGCCAGCAUGUCCACCGUGUUUAAGAAGAGCAGCUCCAAUGGGAAGCUUUCUAUCUACCUGGGGAAACGAGACUUCAUGGAUGCUUCCGACACCGUGGAGCCCAUUGAUGGAGUAAUCCUUGUGGACCCGGAGUACUUAAAAGGUCGAAAGAUGUUUGUCAUGUUGACAUGUGCCUUUCGCUACGGCCGUGAGGACUUGGAUGUGAUUGGCCUGACAUUCCGCAAAGAUCUCUACGUACAGGCCAAGCAAGUGGCUCCAGCUGAACCCACCAGCAUCCAGGGCCCCCUCACAGCUUUACAGGAGCGGCUUCUGCGCAAACUCGGGGCCAAUGCCUACCCUUUCACACUUCAGAUGGCUGCUAACCUGCCCUGCUCGGUGACACUGCAGCCUGGGCCUGAAGAUUCAGGAAAGCCUUGUGGGGUUGACUUUGAAGUGAAGAGUUUCUGUGCAGAAAAUCUGGAUGAGAAAAUCCCUAAGAGCGAUUCUGUGCAGCUGGUUAUACGGAAAGUGCAGUUUUCAGCCCUGGAACCAGGCCCUGGUCCCUGCUCCCAGACCAUUCGCAGCUUCUUUCUGUCAGCUCAGCCCCUACACCUCCAGGCCUGGAUGGACAGAGAGGUUCACUACCAUGGAGAAGCUAUUUCUGUCCAUGUUUCUAUCAACAACUGUACCAACAAGGUCAUCAAAAGAAUCAAGAUUGCAGUUGUGCAGGUCACAGAUGUUGUCCUGUAUUCACUAGACAAGUACACGAAGACUGUGUUCAUUCAGGAGUUCACGGAGACAGUAGCUGCUAACUCCAGCUUCUCCCAGACCUUUGCAGUAACCCCACUCCUGGCCACCACCCACCAGAAACAGGGCCUGGCACUGGAUGGCCAACUCAAGCAUGAAGCUACCAAUCUGGCCUCUAGCACAAUUCUUCGACCUGGGAUGAACAAGGAGCUUCUGGGGAUCCUGGUGUCCUACAAAGUUAGAGUCAACCUGAUGCUGUCCUAUGGGGGCAUCCUCCGAGGUCUUCCAGCCAGUGAUGUUGGUGUGGAGCUGCCCCUGAUCUUGAUCCAUCCAAAGCCAUCUCAUGGUGAGAGACCAGUGGCUACCAGCUCGGAGGACAUAGUCAUCGAGGAGUUUAUGCAGCAGGCCAGCCAGGCCCAGGACUAGACAGCUCCAGCAGCAAACGGAGUUACGAGAAGCCAGUAGCCUCUCUCUGAUAAUCCUGUGUGCAAGUCUUCACUGCAACACUCUAAUAAAUUGCUUUGUCCAGACAUGG